AUGUCUGGUCCAACGGCAGUGAAAAACGACUCGAUCAAUAUCAUCACUCACGACAUGAAGACACUGGUGAAGAAGAUCCAGGAUCUGCGGCACCUCGGUAUCGAAGACAGCCAGAUUGCUCUCCCCAGAAUAUGCGUCAUCGGCGAUCAAAGUGCGGGCAAGAGCUCUCUGAUCGAGGGCAUGAGCGAGAUCAAAGUCCCACGCGCGGCAGGAACCUGCACUCGGUGUCCAAUGGAGAUUAAUCUCACUGAAAGCGACCAACCUUGGACGUGCCGCGUCUAUCUAUCAAGGAAAUACUUUUAUGACACAAGUCAAAGAGUUGAUAAAGUAUCCAAGAAGACACAUCCUUUCGGUCCUUGGCAUGGUCAGGAUCAAGAGGAUGAGCUUUUCAUUACCUUGAGCGAUAGAGAUGAUGUCGAAGAGGCGAUCCGAUGGGCGCAACUGGCCAUCCUGAACCCAAUGAGACCGACAGCUGAGUACAUUCCUGGGCAGAAUUUCGAAACAGAUGAGAAUUAUUGCCAGGCCAAGUUCUCACCCAAUGUAGUGCGACUCGAUAUUUCCGCUCCUGGCUUCCCGAGUUUGUCAUUUUACGAUCUACCUGGUGUUAUAAGCCAGGCCGAGCACGAAAGGGACAGAUAUCUGGUUGCUAUGGUCGAGAAUCUUGUUAAAGAAUACAUUACUCAAGCAAACUGCAUCGUGCUGUUGACCUUGCCGAUGACAAAUGAUGCGACCAACUCGAGUGCCGCUCGCCUCAUGAGGGAGGUAAAGGGUGCAAAGGCGAGAACUUUGGGAGUGCUUACGAAGCCCGAUCGAAUCCAAUCCGGGGAGUCAUACGUUCAAUGGCUGGAGAUUUUGGAAGGAGACAAAUUCAAGCUUGGACACGGCUACUACGUGAUCCGCAAUAAUCCAGACCCCACGAUCCAGCAUGCUCAAGCCCGUUGUGAAGAGGACGCGUUCUUUGCUUCAGAGCCGUGGGCAACAGAACUUGCCGCAUAUCAAGAGAAGUUUGGAACCAGGAAGUUGCAAACAGCACUCUCAAGCCUUCUACUGGACCAAAUUCAAGGUUGUCUUCCUAAGGUCAUCGAACAGAUUGAAGCCAAAUCUCAACGUAUCGAUGCUGAGCUCCAAACCUUGCCGGAUCCUCCUUCGGCGAGCAGUCCAUUUAUUCUGUGUCAGAUGCUGAACAACUUCAGGGAGCGCGUGCAGGCGCAUAUGGACGGCGGCUCGGUUGACUAUCCGCUGCUGAAGAUGUGGUCUCAUCUAGCAAUCGACUUCAAAAGGGUGCUGAUACAGACCCGGCCAAGUGUCAAGAUAUUCUCUCAAGCCGAGGAGCGUGAGAAAGCGAUGUACAGUCAGAAGGGUGAUGACUCAGAUAGCGAAGUCACUAUAGUCCAUCCCCCUCCUUCAACUCCAGCAAAGCGCAAGGCCCUGAACCACGGCGAUACACCGGGUGCCAAGAGGAGACUUACACCGGACUUGAGCAGAGUUAGCUCGACUUCGCCAUUUGAUAAGGUCAGUCGCGAGAUCAAGAAUUUCACAUGGGAAGAGAUUCGGGAAUGCAACGAAACUGCCUCGCGAGGGUGUCUUCCAGACCAAAUCGAUCCAAAAGCAAUCGAAAUACUGAAUCAGCGGAGCGUGAAACACUGGAAAGCGCCAUUGACCAUAUUCUUGGAUGAAAGCCAUAAGCUAGUGAAAAAGAUACUGCUGGAGCAAGUUGAUGAGGUCUUUGUGCAGUAUCAGCGGACUAACCUCUAUCGCGAAAUACGCCGAAUUGUAGAGCAAUACUUACGGAAGCUUCACCAGCAGCACAUCAACUGGGCAGAAGAAGUAUAUGAGAUGGAACAUAACAAUCCUUUUACGAUGAACGGAAUAGCGCUAGAGCAGGCCAAGAACCAUGGGUUUGGUGUUCUCGUACGCGCUCGGAACAGCAAUCGCUACGCUUUGUACCAAGACCGUAUGGGCAGAUACCCACAGGGGGAUAUUCGCCGUGAUAACGAACUCAAGAGCAUGAUCGAGAAGCCACAGGAGUUGGAGGCAGCACUUGGUCCGGAUCUGUACCUCCCGGAAAUGAGGAUCAUGGCAUAUGCGCGAGGUUACUAUGAUGUUGCGAGCUCUCGCUUCGUCGACUUGAUCUGCCAGAGCACCCAUACAAAGCUCUUCUCCAAAUGCCGCGGUCAAUUGAUUGAAGAGAUUCAACGCGAGCUACACAUCAACGAUCAUGACAUGUUUGAGAGAUGCUGCGAUCUCAUGGCAGAGGAGCCAGAGCGCCAACAUCGCCGACUGGUUCUCCAACGCGAGAAGGAGAAGAUUGUCAAGGCGCAGACAUGGUUGUCGGCUGCCAAGAAGGACGAGCCCGAAGACGUGUACGACAAUAUGACGGUCAAGUCCCAACCCCAGGAUGAUUGGGCGCCUUUCUCUUCGAGUCUGGAUACGUCUGUGUGA